UUGACUCUAUCUCUUCCUGCCUGUGGGCUUGGGCUCGCCAGGGGCGCGGAGGGAGGGAGGGCCGCACUUUCCAUCCAGGCCCUUGGCCACCAGCACGUCACGGCUCUCUCCCACCGAGGACACAGCCGGCAGCUCCUGCCAUGGACAGGUGGUACCUGGGUGGCAACCCCAAAGGGGAUGUGGACCCAUUCUACUACGACUACGAGACCGUCCGCAAUGGAGGCCUGAUCUUUGCUGCCCUGGCCUUUGUCGUGGGGCUCAUCAUCAUCCUCAGCAAAAGACUCCGCUGUGGGGGCAAAAAGAAACACCGGCAAGUCAACGAAGAUGAGCUGUAAUGAUGGAGUCUGCCGUGCCCCCGUUGCACUGGGGUCAUUGGGAAGCCUUCCCUGAGUUGUAGACCUUUGUCCCCAGCACUGCCAGGCCCUCGGCUGAAGGAAGCGCCAGGCUCCGUGUGACCCCUGGGUGCACAUGGCCUCCUCCCACCUCUCGGCCGCCUCCUGUUAAUAAUAAAGCCAGCCUCAGAGAUGGCUCCUUC